AUGAAAUUCUCGAUACUCACCGCAGCUCUCGCCUUUUCUUAUGCCACCUUGACCUCAGGAUUACCAGCUGAGAGUCCUGAAACACCGGCUUUGGCUGAGGACAUCCAUCACAAUACUCCUAAAAUCACACCCGAAGCAAUUGCGUCCGCUUUUAGCAAUACAGCAGACUCUGAAGAACUUGUUGUCAAUGUUUUAGUUGAAGGUUUGAAGAAAUAUAUGCAAGAGUUCGAACAAAACGAUGAGGGCGUCGUACUUAGCGAAAGAUCCAAUCUUCCAAUAUUGGACCUGAUCAAUGCAGCCUUGAAGGAGACCAAUUUAGCCAAUAUUGUUUUUGACACGGUUUUGUUAAGUCCUAGGCUUUUGGAGCUCACUGCUGAUGGACUCGAUUUUCUUUUGAAGAAUAACUUUGUGAAUCUUACUAAUGUCUUGAUUGCAACCGAAAAAUCUGGCCUUAUACCACAGGUUAUUGAACUCACCAUAAAAGAUCCGAAUGUUUUACCAGGCUUAUUAAGGAUUGGCACAGAAUUAUUUCGUCAAUUCACUAGUACUCCUGCCUCAAAAAGGUCAAUCGAAGAACUUUCAGAAAUUUUCGACUCAGAAGCCGUAAGAGAUUUGAUCAAAAGAGAUAAUCCUCUUUUAAAUGACAUUUUUGCUUCGCUUGCUGAUUCAGGUUUAGGAAUUUCUGUUAUUCAACACCUUUUUACUGAUCCGCAGUUAGCUGCUCCAAUUGCAACCUUCCUCAUUCGGAUCUUGAGAUCUCACGCAAUCACACUCCCUGAACUUCUUAAUGCAGUCAGAAACUCUCAUUUUGUGAGAGACAUAAUCAAUAGCAUCCUCGGUGAUAGCAGUCUUUUGGAAAACUUUGGUAAAUUAAUCUCAAAUUUGCUUUCUAGUGGUCUUUGA